ACUGCGCGGAACGGUUUUAGUAAAUUUUAAUAAAACGAAGUGGAACGCGUCUUUGCCGCGACUGACUUGGAUAAACCAUGAGUGGAUGCCCGUACUUUGAGAGGAAGCAUUUGUUAUUCAAAGGCAAAACUACUGAUGAAAGUGACGAUGACGCGCAGGCAGGGGUAAACAAGGCCGCAAAAGGAGGAAUCAUCUAUGAAGAAUACCUGCUGCUGGACAAAAUAACCAAUGCUCAGGUGUUGCAAAGUGAACUGAACGGCAAUAAGAUCCAUGAUGAACAUCUUUUCAUCGUCACACAUCAAGCCUACGAGCUGUGGUUCAAACAGAUUCUAUUUGAGCUGGAUUCAGUGCGGGAGAUCUUCAUCAGCGGCCACGUCAGAGAUGAACGCAACAUGCUCAAAGUCAACAAUCGGAUCCACAGGAUCGUCAUGAUCUUCAGACUCUUGGUCGACCAAUUUGCAGUUCUGGAAACGAUGACGGCUCUGGAUUUCUUUGACUUCAGGGAGUACCUGUCCCCUGCCUCUGGGUUCCAAAGCCUUCAGUUUCGACUUCUGGAGAACAAGAUCGGGGUGCCGGACAACCUGAGGGUUCCUUACAACAGACGUCAUUAUAAGGACUUCUUUAAGGGCCACGAGAGUGAGAUGCUUCUAGAGACCGAACAAGAGCCGACGCUUCUGAAGCUAGUGGAGGAGUGGCUGGAGAGAACGCCCGGCUUGGAAGUGGAUGGAUUCAAUUUCUGGGAGAGGCUGAGAAUCAAUAUAUUUGAGGGGCUGACUCUCAAGGAGAAGAAAAUCGAGAAAAUGCCAGAGUCGGAGGAGAAGGAGGAGCUGAUGGCUGAGCUCGUCAAACUGAGAGACCUCUUCACGUCCCUGUUUGAUGAAAAGCGUCACGACCACCUGGUCAGCAAAGGUGAAAGGCGGCUGUCUUACAAGGCUUUGCAAGGUGCUCUGAUGAUCAACUUCUACAGGGAAGAGCCGAGGUUCCAGGUCCCCUUCCAGCUGCUCACGUCCCUCAUGGACAUCGACACCCUCAUGACAAAAUGGAGACACAACCACGUGUGCAUGGCACACCGGAUGAUUGGCAGCAAGAACGGAACAGGAGGCUCAUCCGGCUACCACUACUUAAGAUCCACUGUCAGUGACCGCUACAAAGUGUUCGUGGAUCUGUUUAACCUGGCGACGUUCCUGGUGCCUCGUGACUGGGUGCCCAAGCUGAACCCCAACGUUCACACCUUCCUGUACAUGGCCGAGUGCGUGGACAGCUCCUACUGCAGCAGCGAGGACUCCGACUAGGUGUCGGUCUCGGCCGUCUGUUGCGGCCGGCUUCGCUGUGACGGACGUCGCGGCCGUGGUGGAGGCUGCUCAGCGCGUUGGUGUGUGGCUGCCCCGUGUUGAGCCAACACAGAUUCACUUUGACACUUCAUUCAUUCAACUUUACUCAAGCCCAACAAACAUUGCGAGAAACUUCACGUAAGAAAAUAAAAUGAUGAACUUUGGAGUUUUGUGGCGGGUUAAAUGGGCGUAAGGCUGACUGGCUGAAUGUAGUAUGCAAGUAUACAGAAAAGGCAAAGAUUUAAAUAGAUAAUUGGGCUCAUAAAUGUUAAAGUUACACAAGUGGUAGGUAAACCAGAUCAAUACAAGUAAAUCCAGUUACAGAGCUUGUGACAUAAUAAAAAAAAAAGAAAAAAAACGAUGUAGAAACAUUAUGUCUUGCUGUGCACUCUGCACUGGUGUAUCUCUCAUCAAAAAUGUCAUUAUGGAAACACAUAAUGACAAAGAUUCUUGAUUCUAAUGGCUGACAUUAGACAUUUCACGAUGCCGAAUCAAGCUAUUUUACUUUAAUCUCGUCUGUGAGUCACAAAGCGCCGCAGACGGCUCCCUGAUAAGCCCUGCUUAGAUGUUCCCUCAGUAACCCGAUGCAAAUGCAGAGGAACUGACCUGGAGGCGAGCGGAUCAGUGGGUGGAAUGAUCAAACCCUGCGCAAACGGGACAAUGCUGCUGGGUUUUUACGCAACGGCUUUCAUGUCAGCGUGUCACAGUGGGCCGCUUCAGACAGCCGAGAUGCACCUCAGCUGAAGGAAAGUGUAAAUAAGAUGAAAUCUCAAGCAUAGAAAUGUCAGCGUCUAGAGCAGGAAGAUUUGCACUGUUUAAAUAUGAAACAAGCCAUGGUGUACAUAAUGUUAAUGAUGUAGCUCUUUUAGACAUGUUUUGUAUAGUACUCGACAUAAUUCUGUAAUGUAUUUAUCCACUAAUUCAAGAGAUCUUUGUAUAGAACAAUUAUGAGAAAUGUUGUGUAUUUAAUAAGAUGCAUGUUUUGUCCAAUGAAGAUGCUCGCAGUGUGUUGCAAUGUUAUAAUCCAACGCUUGCAAACAUAUGAGGGGUUUUAUUUGUUUUGGUGACACGAGAUGGCUACAUUUCAAUAAAAAGCUUUAUCCACAGUGA